AGAUUGCAGUUAUAGAAGAUAGACACCCAGGAGAUUUUGCCUUUCACCAUGGCUCAGUUUGGAGGACAGAAGAAUCCCCCUUGGGCUACUCAGUUUACAGCCACUGCAGUAUCUCAGCCAGCUGCUCUUGGUGUACAGCAGCCAUCGCUGCUUGGAGCCUCUCCCACCAUAUACACCCAGCAGACGGCACUGGCAGCAGCAGGCCUCACUACACAAACACCAACCAACUAUCAGCUAACUCAGACAGCUGCUUUACAGCAGCAAGCUGCUGCUGCAGCAGCUGCGUUACAGCAGCAAUAUUCACAACCUCAGCAGACUCUCUAUAGUGUACAGCAACAGUUGCAGCAACCUCAGCAGACCCUUUUAACUCAGCCAGCUGUUGCGCUACCUACCAGUCUUAGCCUGUCUACUCCUCAACCGGCAGCCCAGAUAACUGUUUCUUAUCCAGCACCCCGGUCAAGUCAACAGCAAACCCAACCACAAAAGCAGCGUGUUUUUACUGGGGUGGUUACUAAACUACAUGAUACAUUUGGUUUUGUGGAUGAAGAUGUCUUUUUUCAACUUAGUGCUGUUAAAGGGAAGACACCUCAGGUGGGUGACAGAGUUUUGGUCGAAGCUACUUACAAUCCUAAUAUGCCAUUCAAAUGGAAUGCACAAAGGAUCCAGACACUUCCAAAUCAGAACCAGACGCAAGCUCAGCCGUUACUGAAGACACCUCCGGCAGUUCUUCAGCCCAUUGCCCAGCAGACUGCGUUCGGCGUUCAGGCACAGCCACAGCCACAGUCCUUGUUGCAGGCACAGAUAUCAGCAGCUUCAAUCACACCUUUGCUUCAGACACAGCCUCAGCCAUUACUGCAGCAGCCACAGCAGAAAGGUGGUUUGUUACAGCCCCCUGUUCGUCUAGUUUCACAGCCUCAACCAGCUCGAAGAUUAGACCCACCAUCCAGAUUUUCUGGGAGGAAUGACAGAGGAGGAGACCCUAUGCCAAACCGAAAAGAUGACAGGAGUCGCGAAAGAGAACGAGAGAGACGCAGGUCCCGGGAAAGAUCACCCCAGAGAAAACGCUCCAGGGAGAGAUCACCAAGACGAGAGAGGGAGAGGUCACCUCGAAGACCGCGACGUGUUGUUCCUCGUUACACGGUUCAGUUUUCCAAGUUUUCAUUGGACUGCCGUAGCUGUGAUAUGAUGGAGCUGAGGAGGCGUUACCAGAACUUGUAUAUCCCAAGCGAUUUCUUUGAUGCCCAGUUUACAUGGGUGGAUGCUUUCCCUAUGUCUAGACCGUUUCAGCUGGGAAACUACUGUAAUUUCUACGUAAUGCAUAGAGAAGUAGAUCCUAUAGAUAAAAAUGCUGCUGUCCUUGAUCCACCUGAUGCUGAUCAUCUAUACAGUGCAAAGGUUU